GUGAGCAGACAGGAUGCCCAGGUAUCAGGAGGCUGAGUCCGGACAGCUUCUGGUUGCUAAGCGAUACAGCAUCGUGCAGGGUCUGGGCCGAGGGAGCUUCGGUUCAGUUUAUCUGGUUCGGGACCACAAAGCCACAGACGGAAGGUGUUGAAGCAGAUUCCUCUGGGUGACCUUCGACCCGAUGAGACGGUCCGAGCCACACAGGAAGCUCAGCUGCUGUCCCAGCUGCACCACCCGGCCAUCCUCACCUUCUACCACAGCUUCCUGGAGAAGGAUGUGUUCUGCAUCAUCACAGAGUACUGCCAGGCUUUCUCCUCAAAUGCGUCAUGUGGUGGUGAUUCCCCUGCCCCCACCCUGAGACUGAACAUCGCCUGAAGCUUUAAUUCCCUCCUGCACAACUAUUCACACAUACUCUCACUGGACGGCCUCUUUGUUUGUAGGCAGGAGGAUGAACCGACACAGCAGCCCAUUUAAACUGAGUCUGUCCAAACAAAGCAGCUAUACAACAAUUGCCCAGAAUCCCCUGCAGAGCAAUACAGGCUCUUGGAAAGAAUAUCAAACAUACAGAUCGGGAUCUGGACUGGAAGCUAGAGGAGCUGAGGCGAGCUGGAGGCAGCCUUUCUGAAGUCCAAGUCCUGGAGUGGCUCACCCAACUGCUGCUCGGCCUUCACUACAUGCAUGACAGGCGCAUCCUCCACAGGGACCUCAAGGCCAAGAACGUUUUUCUGAAGCGAAACCUUGUGAAAAUUGGUGACUUUGGGGUUUCCUGCCUGCUGAUGGGAUCAUGUGACCUGGCCACCACCUUCACCGGGACCCCUUACUACAUGAGUCCAGAGGUUCUGAGCCACCAGGGCUACGACUCCAAGUCUGACAUCUGGGCUCUUGGCUGCCUCCUGUAUGAGAUGUGCUGUCUGACUCACGCCUUCCAGGGACCAAACUUCCUCUCUGUAGUCAUGAAGAUCGUAGAGGGAGAAACCCCCACUCUGCCCCCGUCGUACUCCUCAGAUCUGAACUGGCUCAUGCAGAGGAUGCUGCAGAAAGACCCGUCAUCCAGACUGUCGGCCGCUGAGAUCCUGAAGACCAGGCUGAUGGAGGGAAACAUGCAGAAGAUGAAGGACAGAUCUGAUUGUCUGUCGUCUGGAGGAGUCAGAGAUGCUGAACUCAUCGCCAAGAAGAUGCAGACGAAGGUUCACCUGCAGACGCUGAGAGAGAAGGCAGAGGUGGAGAAGAUGACGCCUCGAGAGAGAAUGAGGCUCCGCAAACUGCAGGCAGCUGAUGAGAAGGCGAGAAGACUCAGAAACCUGGCAGAGGAGAAAUACAGAGAGAUCCACGCCCGCCGGACGGAGCUGAGGAGCCGCCACUUUGAGAACAUCAGCCUGGACGUUCUCAGCGAGGGCGGAGCCUGUAAGAGUCUUCCAAUCAGCAUGCAGAAUCGCAGCUCAGCAGGGUGCUCUCCACCAAUGAGGAAGCAGGAGUUUGAAGCCGAUGUCUACGGUAUCCCAGAGGACCCUCAGGCCGCCGAAGUUUAUUACAACCAGGACGGAUUCGACUCAUGCUCAGACGAGGAGGAGACGGAAAAGCCGGCAGCGACGCUUCACUUGUCUGACCCACAGGUUUUUGUCCAGCAGAGCAGAGCGUUGUGUUGUAGACCAACCGCGCAGCCUGAGCCGGUCACUGCAUGUGUCCACACAAGUCAACGGAUAACACAUGGUUGUUGUCGUCAGGUCAGCGAGCUGGAGGCCAUGAUGAAGCACAUGCAGGAGGUUCUGGAGGAGGAGUCGAGUGACUCAGGAAACCCAGCAGAGGCCGAGGCCCCACACAAGCCCCAGGGCCCCCCAGUGAUCAACGGAGGCCUGCUGGAGGCCCGAAUCCACAACCUGAGAGAGUCCAUCUGUGGUCGCUGGGGUUCAGACACGUUCCAGAGGAUCUAUGAGGAGCUGAGGACGGCCCGGCAGCAGCAGCAGGACGGACAUGCAGCUGCAGACGCUCUAAACCCGCACAACCAACCACACGUCGGCUUCCAGGUGGACCAGCUGCUCUUCUAUGAAGAAGAGCUGCAGAGAGUGAGACAGCUUCAGGAAGACAGACACCUGUCUGACUGAUCAGACGGGUCAACAGUCCCAGUAAAGACAGAUUUGACCUUUGACCCAAUCAUCUCGCAGCAGCAGCUUUGUCGUUCUCACGUGAUGAUGUGUGAUGUUCACUGUACCAGUUUACAGACAAGCAGUGUGUUAACAGCAUAAUUUAUCCUGAACACAAGUGAAAUAAAGAGAAUUAAUAUGUUU